AUGCCUUGGAGCCCUCGCCUUGCGAAGGGCGCUGCGGGCCGCACGGGUGCUGCCGCAGGAGCCGCAGGCUGCACAGGCUGGAGCGCAGCUCAGGCGCUGGGUGGCCGGAGGAAAAAAGCAGCACGGGCCACAGAGACCGCAGCACACAUAGCUCACACGGAGACGCCGCUGGUGCACUGUUUCGUCCUUGGCGGCGCUCGCCUGGAUGCAUCAGCGCUUAAACAGCACUUUCCAUGCUCCCGCUUCCGCCCUUCUGGCCAUGCUGCUCAUCCCGCCUCCUCUUCUUCUCUGAAGUGUUCAGCAAGAAAUCGCUAUCGGACCUCCUAG